AUGGCCAAAUGGAGGAACGCUGAGAGGAUGGUCGCUCGAAGAAGGGCUGAAGUCGAGCGAAACCAACCUCCGCCCCUUCCACCUAACGCCAGGGAAGAAACUCCACCCGUUCCUGUUGAAGAGGUGGCUCAGAAUGAAAUGGCCGAAGCAGAAACUGUUGUCGAUCAACAGAAGGGUCAAGUGACGGAGUUCAGGGCGGGGAGAAUAGUUGAGAUUGGACGUCGCCAACACGACGCAAUCAAACAGAUCGACUUCCUCACAACCAAACUAGAAAAGAAGAAAGGGAGAGCAGCAGAGGCCUCUUUCCGAGCCGAGUCUGAGGCAGCGAAAGUGGCGGAAGAGAGAGCUAGGGCCGAUGCUGGAGCAAAUGAGGCCAGGAUUGCUGUCACAUUGAAAAUGGCCACUGAGGAAAAGACAAAAGCGAAUGAAGAAACGCUCAGACUGGCCAACGAAAUGAUUGCAAAGUUGGAGGCCGACCUGGAAGAGUCUAGGCGGGCGAAGGCGAACGCCGAGUCUUGGCUUUCCGAGUCGUUCCAAGCUAGUAAGAAUGUGGCCUUGGUGGACUAUGUCGAAGAAGUGCUGAAAUUUGAAAAUAGGGGGUUCAAACACGGCUGGCUCAAGGCUUUGGCUGCCGCUAACGUGACAUCGGAACAGUCGAUUCCGUACGAGCAGGUAGACAUUAAGCCGCUGGAGUCUGACCCUGAAAAUACCGAAGACAGUUGA